UCUGGCACCCAGAUCCUGUUUUGCACCCUGAACACACACAAAGUGGAGAUGCAGAAGCUGCUAGGCGGCCAGAUCGGCUUGGAGGACUUCAUCUUUGCCCACGUCCGGGGCGAGACCAAGGAGGUGGAGGUAACCAAGACGGAGGACGCCUUAGGAUUGACCAUCACCGACAAUGGGGCCGGAUAUGCCUUCAUUAAGCGCAUCAAGGAGGGAAGCAUUAUCAACCGCAUCCCUUCCGUUUGCGUUGGGGACAGCAUCGAGGCCAUCAAUGAGCAAACCAUUGUGGGCUGCCGCCACUACGAGGUGGCCAAGAUGCUGAGGGAGAUGCCCAAGGCCCAGCCCUUCACCUUGCGCCUUGUCCAACCCAAGCGGGCUUUCGACAUGAUUGGGCAACGGAGCCGUGGCAGCAAGUGUGCAGGCGAGGGGAGUCUCUCCAGCGGGCGGGAGACGCUGCGCCUGCGUUCCAAGGGCGACGCCACCCUGGAAGAGGCGCCCAAUGAGUUUGAAGAAGCUGCGGCAGCGAAAGUCGAUGAUCUGCUGGAGAGUUACAUGGGCAUCCGAGACGUGGAGCUGGCAUCCACCAUGGUGGAGAUGGCCAAAGAGCGGCAGAGUCCUGACGACUUUGCCCGCGGCUUGGAUUUGCUCCUGGGCGAGUUUGCUUUCCCGGAAGAGUUCGUGGCCGAGGUCUGGACAGCCAUCUGCGAGGCCCGAGGUGUCCCUAAGGAAUGAA